AUGGAUCCUUCAAAGAUAAGAGAGAAAAUCGGUCGCUUUCGAAUUCUCGUUAUAGGAAGAGCAAAUGCAGGAAAAACCACCAUCCUCCAGAGAGUCUGUAAGACACGGGACAACCCUGAAACAUACAACAGCGCCGGGAAAAAGGUGGAUCUUGCAGUUUUAGCGCCAUCCAGAGAGCGCGGACUGCACGAUAUCGAGAACGAAACGGUGUUUCGAAGCAACCCUGGCUUCGUUUUCCAUGAUUCACGCGGUUUCGAGGCAGGCGGCGAAUCAGAAUUCAUCAAGGUCAAGGCAUUCAUCACUGACCGUUCCAAGGAAACCAAAAUAACAAAUCAACUUCAUGCUAUAUGGUACUGCAUUCCAAUGGAUGAAGCAAGCAGGUCAUUCACUGCAAGCGAAGAGAAAUUCUUCUCUCAGUGCGACACAGGAAGCAUUCCAGUGAUCGUAUUAUUCACAAAGUUUGAUGCCCUCUACGGCGUCGCGUACUCGCAACUGAAAAAGGAAGGAAGAUCUCGGAAGGACGCUAAAGAACUUGCCCCGAAACGCGCCGAAGAAACAUUUCGAGAUGGACCGCAAUUGAAGCUUAUCAAUGGCGUCCAAUGGCCUCCAAAAGGUCACGUAUGCCUUCCUAAUAUGGACAAAGAUAAUGCACAUUGCGGGGCGCUGAUCGAACGCACGGCUGGAACCUUGGAUGACGAAGCACUGAAACAAUUAUUCGUCUCGACCCAGCGGACCAAUUUGGAGAUCUGCAUGAAAUAUGCAAUUGAGAGGUAA